GAUUUAUGUAGAUUAUGCUCGUUAAAAAAUGGUACUAGAAUUAAUAUUUUUGAUAAAGAAGGCGAAGAAAGACAGAUUUUGUAUAAAAUUCGAUCCUGUCUUGCUACUUCUGUUACAAAAGAUGACUUUCUUCCAAAAAGAAUAUGUGAAAGAUGUGCAGACACAUUAGACAGGCUUUUUGAGUGGAGAAAUGAGUGCUCUAAUACAGAUACUGUCCUAAGAAACUAUGCAGAUUCUAUGAGAUCUGUCACACAAACCAUCAAUUUCCAGGAUGGUACUGUGAACAUGGACAAAAUGUCAGCUGCUCAAAAAACUGCAUAUUUAGAAGCUCAUUUAGCCGUACAACAGCACAUGGCUCAAGCAGCCCACAGACUGCACCAACAACAGUCACAAAAUGGCAUGCAUCAACAGCAACAUCAGCAACAAAAUCAUCAUCAACAGCAACAAGGAAAAGAUCAACAGCAUUCUCCGCCUAGUACAACGGUUGUCAGUUCCUCACAACACUAUUCCAGCACUACUACUAAGAUAAAUUCAACUUCUGGAAACGGAAAUGCUGAUAGUACGUUUACCGUACCAGAUGAUGUUGGCAUGGGAUAUGAAGGUGGAGUUCGUGUUCUUCAGAGCUUGGGAAACUGGACACCAGAAAUGCAUUGCAACAUACCGAGGCCAAAUUUGAUACCAUUUACAGAACCAUACCAAGAAGGUGGAUCAAUGCAUCCAGCCAGUCGUCUCAAAGCACUGCAGCAAGCAACUUCUGGUUCAAGGAAAACUACUUCGAAAAACACGAAUUCUGGCGAAACAACUAAUAAAGCUUUCGAAUGCUCUGUCUGUGGUAAAGGAUUGGCGAGGAAAGAUAAAUUGACUAUUCAUAUGCGAAUUCAUACUGGUGAAAAACCAUACGUGUGCGAGGUUUGUCAAAAAGCGUUUGCUCGUCGCGAUAAGCUAGUCAUCCACAUGAAUAAAUUCAAACAUUUAACUCCGUCUAAUAUUGCGCCCUUGGGAAAAAGAAAUCCUGUACAAAAAGUGGAAAAAAUCGAGAAAAUUCAAACUGAUAACGCCGACAAAAUCAACGAGUUAUCUGUUCAGAAUACAAAUCAGCAACUACAGCAACAACAAACGCAAUCUCAGUCAGUCCAGGAUCAUCAACAACAAAAUCAACAGCAUGUAACAACUUCUCAACAACAAUUGAAUUGGUCCUGUGAAUUAUGUGGAAGAAUGUUUUCUACGAGAGACGAAUGGACAUUGCAUGCCAAAAGUCAUUUGGAAGAUAAAAUGCUGUUACAAAACCAACCAAACCAAGUCUUAAAUCAUAACCAUUCUAUUAAUCUUAAUACUAAUUCAGUUGUCACUAAUAAUUUGACUCAUAAUAAUACUUUGGUGCAGUCAAGCAAUGCAGCGGCAUAUUUUCCACCACAUAAUAACUUGAUGUCCCAUUAUAAUAUGGGAGAGAGACAUUUCUGUCUGAUGUGUCGACAAGAUUUUACCAACAAAACUGAAUUCAUGUUGCAUGUACGUGGACAUUUCGAAGGUAAAGUUACAGAUUUGACUGCAGCUGACAUGCUUGCUAGAAGUUUAAUGGAUAAUUCUGGAUUAUGUACAUAAUCUGUAAUUUAACCAAAGUGUUAUUUUAUUUAUCAAGUUUUUAUAUUUUUAUUCUGAUUACACAGGAGAAAUUAUAUUUUAAAUACUGAAAGGCCCGUUCGUUCGCACAUUGUUUUAAAUGUCGAGUAUCUUAUAAUCUGUGCAACUUGGUUAAAUUUUGUAGUUAUAGUUGAUGUGACAGA